GCGCACUAGGGCAGGAUCAAUGGUGUCACAUGAUUUGACACUGACAGCGCUGGCGAAAAGCUAAGGAAGGAAGGUGUUCCGAGACGCAGAUAGCUAAUUAGCACAGGUCUUCCAUCUUUACAAGCGCUCAAAUACGGCCAUGUGGGAACCCUAACCAUAUAAAGGGAUCUGACAUCUGCCCUGGCCGUGGCGUCCUCUCUACCUUGAAUGUUUGUGGAAUGGCUGCAGUUUGGCAGCAGGUGUUGGCAGUGGAUGCAAGGUACAAUGCUUACCGCACACCUACGUUCCCACAGUUCCGCACGCAAUACAUUCGCCGGCGCAGCCAGCUGCUCAGGGAGAACGCCAAGUGUGGCUUUGAGCCGGGGCUGCGCAGACAUUACCUGAGGCUGCGCAGCCAGCUGCUGGGCAUGCGCUACGGGCCCCUGUCUGAGCAGAGCAGCUUCAGGGCCAGCAGUGUGCGCAGCUCCCGCACCACAUUGGACCACAUGGAGGACUUUGAGGAGGACCCCCGUGCUCAGGGGGCUCGUGGUCACCGUCGAUCGGUGAGCAGAGGCUCCUACCAGGUAAAGGCCCAGAUGAACAGGGCAGUCUACGAUGAGAGGCCUCCAGGUGCCUUGGUGCCAACCUCUGUAGCAGAGGCUAGCCGUGCCAUGGCCGGGGACACCACUCUGAGUGAGAACUAUGCUUUUGCUGGCAUGCACCACAUAUUUGACCAACACGUGGAUGCUGCAGUUCCACGGCUGCAGUUUGCUAACGAUGACAAGCACCUCCUAGCCUGCUGCUCAUUGGACAGCACUCUAUCUAUCAUGACCCUGUUCUCGUCCCCGCCCAGUGUGAAGGUGAUCCUGAAGGGUCACGCAGGUCCCGUCACUGACUUCGCUUGGUCCCUUAGCAACGACGUCAUCGUGUCGACGUCAAAGGAUGGGACGCUGCGUAUUUGGAACACGGAGGAUGGGAGGUGUAUCCGUGAGGUCAGAGACCCUGAGGCCAGCGAACUGCUCUGCUGCACCUUCCAGCCCAUGAACAACAACCUCACAGUGGUGGGGAACAGUAAGCACCUCCUGCAGGUGGUAAACAUCUCCACAGGGAAGAAGGUGAAGGGAGGUUCUAGUAAGCUGACAGGACGGGUGCUGUCUAUGUCCUUUGAUGCCCCUGGGAGGAUCCUUUGGGCCGGGGACGACAGGGGCAGCAUAUUCUCCUUCCUGUUUGACAUGGCCACAGGGAAGCUGACCAAAGCCAAGCGGCUGGUGGUGAGUGAGGGCAGUCCCAUCUGCAGCAUCUCUGCCCGCUCCUGGAUCAGCAGAGAGGCCCGAGACCCCUCCCUGCUUAUCAACGCCUGUGUCAACAAACUGCUACUCUACAGAGUGGUGGAUAAUGAAGGCACUCUGCAGCUGAAGACGAGCUUCCCUAUCAAGCAUGGCUACCAGCCCCUCCACAGCAUCUUCUGCCCUCUCAUGUCCUUCAGACAGGGCGCCUGUGUUGUGACUGGCAGUGAGGAUGCCUGUGUCUACUUCUUCGAUGUGGAGCGCAACACUAAGGCCAUAGUCAACAAGCUGCAGGGUCACGGUGGCCCAGUGCUGGAUGUCAGCUUCAACUGUGAUGAGAGCUUACUGGCCUCUGCUGAUUCCACUGGCAUGGUCAUCAUCUGGAGGCGGGAGCAGAAGUGAUCAACCAACCACACAGUGGGGGAAAAAAGUAUUUAGUCAGCCACCAAUUGUGC